ACCUUCUUGCGUUAACACUUCCUUGAAAUUACGGGAGCGAAGUCGGUUAACCUGCAAUUUGCUCGUUACGAGCUUCGUCUCCUACCUGUUCAUCGCGCAGUUACUAACUCUUCAAGCACUUUCUUGCAAAAAUUGUCAAAUUAGGUUUUGGAAAAACCGUAAUUAUUCGUCCGUAUGGGGAGAAAUUUGUUUGCCAAACGAGGACUGAAGAGGCACACUGUGCCGGAGAAGAAGAAGUCUAUCACGAGCAUACCUGUGAAGAAGAAUCGGCGCGUUGAAGAAAAGAAUGCUCGCGAUCCCUCUCCGAGUUCUUCAGGGGAAUCAUCAAUGGAGACAUCAAAUGGUGUGGCUCCUGGGGAAGAAGUAUAUAGAGAGGUGUCUACAUAUGAUAACCUAUUAAUGGCAUUGGGCUCGGAGUCUCUUGUUAAUGCAUAUGGGAAAAGAGAAUAUGAAGAAGGUAAAAGUGAUUCGGAAGAAGAAGAAGCUGAUGAGUCUGAAUCCAUCAUUGUAUCCGAGGAGGAUAUUAGUGACGCAGAAACUGAUAUAGAGUCCCCUAGAAGUCAAUCCAUUAGAAAAGUGCAAGACCAUAGAACAGGUGGCUUUUCCAAGGAGAAUGAAGAGGCUGAAACAGAAGAUGACCAAGAGGCCUCUGAUACUGAUCAGGAGCUCGAAUUAGGUGCCGGAGGUCAAUCUGCUCUUAAGGCAUCGGUCUCAUUAAGUUCUUUUUAUCAACACUUGGGGUACAAGAUGUCAGUAGGAGAGGUUGAAAAUUUGUCAAAGAAAAAAUGGAAGUACGAUUGGGAGAUACCUGCUGGUGACAUGGCGAAGUGCAAGUGGAUGGGAACUGGAGAGCCUUUCCUAAAGGCUGAGGAGCAGGAAAACAGCAUUAGUACUGGCUACGGUCUCAAGCAAAAGUUAUAUAAGCAUUGGUUGGAUCUUUACAAAACAGCUGGAGGGGAUGAUUUUAAUUCAUCUAAACAAAGAUACUUCUUCUCCCUUUGGAACAGCUACCGAGAUGUACUGCACUGCAAAAAGAAACCUUUUUAUCUUAAAGGCCUGGAAGAAGAUUCAAGUAUCAUGGACUCAUACAUUAUGCAUUCUCUAAAUCACAUCUUCAGGACUAGAGAUCUUGUGACAAAGAAUGAUGCUAAAGAGUCCAAACAUCAAGAUGGUGGUAAAAAGGAAAUACUGACUGGUGACAGUUUUCUUGAUCGUGGAUUUACUCGUCCUAAGGUUCUGAUAUUAUUGCCUAUUAAAAGCAUUGCAUUCCGAGUAGUUAAGAGGCUAAUUCAGCUCACUCCUACAUCUUACAAGGUUAAUGUGGAACACAGUGACCGUUUUUCUGACGAGUUUGGACCUGAAGAUGUUGAAGACGAUCAAGCCAUGAGCAAGAUGGCCCAAAAUGGGCAUAACAUUGGAAAUUCAAAAUCUCAGAAGACUUCAAAACCUUCUGAUUUUCAAGCUCUUUUUGGUGGGAAUGAUGACGACGACUUUAUGGUUGGUAUCAAGUUUACUAGGAGGAGCACAAAGUUGUACAGUGAUUUCUAUUCAUCAGACAUGAUAGUUGCUUCUCCUAUCUGUUUACACAGAAAAAUUGAGAUUUCGGAGGUUGAUAAGGAAAAAGAUGUGGAUUAUCUUUCUUCUAUAGAGGUUCUCAUCAUAGAUCAUGCAGAUAUUCUAGCAAUGCAGAACUGGUCUUUCCUCACUUCAGUUGUUGAACAUCUAAACCGCAUACCUUCUAAGCAGCAUGGAACUGAUAUUAUGCGCAUUAGACCAUGGUAUCUGGAUGGAUAUGCAAAAUAUUAUCGCCAGACAAUAAUUUUAAGUUAUCAUUUAAACCCAGAAAUGAAUGCUCUGUUCAAUCACCAUUGUGUUAACUAUAAAGGCAAGGUGAAGUUGGUGUGCAAGUACAAAGGUGUUCUUCCAAAAGUACUCAUCCAAGUACCGCAGAUCUAUUGUCGAUUUGAUGCGGCCUCAGUGGCAGAUGCCGAUGAUGCCCGUUUGGAUUAUUUUGUUAAGAAGGUGUUUCCAAAGAUAAAAGAUUCUAUUCAGGGUGGGAUUAUGCUGUUCAUUAGUACUUACUUUGAAUAUGUUCGGAUUAGGAAUUUUCUCAAGUCACAAGGAGAGUCCUUCUGUUUGCUUGGAGACUAUGCAAAAGCUGCUGAUAUAUCGCGAGCUCGGGUCUGGUUCUUUGAGGGAAAGCGGAAGAUCAUGCUCUGCACAGAGAGAUUUCAUUUUUACUUCAGAUACAAGAUUCGUGGUAUUAAAAAUUUGAUCAUCUAUUCACUACCUGAGAGGAAAAGGUUUUACCCUGAGAUUGUUAAUAUGCUUGAAGGGUCCCAUGAAAUGACAUGUACUGUGCUUUUUUCUCGCUUUGAUCUGCUCCGGCUUGAGAGAAUUGUUGGAACUGAUCAUGCAAGAAAGAUGAUCAAAUCAGAGAAGCAUGUCUUUACCUUCUGUUAAGAUUUCCUCCAGAAUCAACAAGUCCAGCAUGGUGGAGUGGAGUUCCAAAACUGAAGGAUUGUGCAACAGUGGUAGGGAACAUGGCUUGUCGUAAAUUUAGUAGCAUUUCUGCAAUUUUUUACUUGGUUAUUUUGAAAUCAUCUAGCAUUUCUGCAAUUAUUUACUUGGUUAUUUUGAAAUCAUCUAAUUAUGACAUUCUUGUAUAGCACAUGAAACCAUACCAUAGUGCAGAUCCAUAAAUCACAUAAUUUUUGAGUGAGAAUAAGCAGAGACCAGCUGAGCUUCAUUUCUACCUACACCCACAAAGCUACAAGCUGGGUCUCUCAAAACCUCUCACUUCAAAAUAACAAACCAAACUAUAUUCAAAAAAAA